UUAUUGUCUUGGUGUGUGUUUUCUUAGUAAUGUGUUUUUCCGGCAACGGCAUUAUUUCGCCGGUGCAAUGUGAAUACUACACCAGAAGCGCUCCCCGCAAACCAAUGACAGAGAAGAUCACUCAUCUCCACUUCUUCCUCCACGACAUUCUCAGCGGCGCCAACCCCGGCGCGGUGGAGGUGGCCCGCCCCGCCAACACCACCCGCGGAGGCGAAGAGGCCAAUCCGACGCCGUUCGGCCACUUCUACGCCAUCAACGAUCCCCUCACGGAAGGCCCCGAGGCCACCUCCAAGGUCGUCGGGAACGCCCAAGGCAUGUACCUCUCUUCCGGCCGCGACACGCUCUCGCUGGUCAUGUACGUCGACUUCGGGUUCACCACCGGCUGGCUUAACGGCAGCUCCAUCAGCGUGUUCUCCCGGAAUCCGAUCACGGAACCGAACCUCCGGGAGCUGGCUGUGGUCGGCGGACGGGGGAAGUUGAGGAUGGCUAGAGGGUUUGCGAAGGUCAGGACGAGUUACCUGAACACGACAAAUGGAGAUGCCAUUCUAGAGUACUUCGUCACUGUCUUUCACUACUGAGAGGAAAUCAAGACAGUUGGAGCCUUUCAGAUGCAUAGCA